AUGGCCUCUGUGCUUUGUCUUCUCAAGAUUGCUCUUCAGGUUCUUCGUAGCCUUUCCUUGUCACUUGAUACAACUGUGUUGAGCAGUGAGGCAUGUACUGGUAUUGAAAAUAUUGAUGAAGCUAUAACGUUGCUUGAACAAAAUAACUGGGAUUUAGUGGCAGCUAUAAAUGGUGUAAUACCACAAGAAAAUGGCAUUCUGCAAAGUGAGUAUGGUGGAGAGACUUCACAAGGACCAGCAUAUGGCCCCACAAGUCAUUCUACAGCAGCUUCCUCUAGUCCCUCCUCAUCCUCAGCGUUUCGCCAUGUAGUGCCAUCUAGACAAAUAGUGGAAAGACAACCUCGAAUGCUUGACUUCAGGGUUGAGUACAGAGACAGAAAUGUGGAUGUAGUACUUGAAGACAGCUCCACAGUUGGAGAGAUAAAACGUAUUCUAGAAAAUGAACUUCAGAUUCCUGCAUCUAAAAUGCUGUUAAAAGGGUGGAAGACUGGAGAUGUAGACGAUAGUACUGUUUUAAAAACUCUACAUUUGCCAAAAAAUAAUAGUCUGUAUGUUCUAACACCUGACCUGCCUCCUUCUUCCUCGAGUCAUUCUGGGGCCCUGCAGGAGUCAUUAAAUCAAAACUUCAUGCUGAUCGUCACCCAUCGAGAAGCCCAGCGGGAGUACAACCUCAACUUCUCAGGAAGCAGUACCAUCCAGGAGGUAAAGCGGAAUGUGUAUGACCUAACGAGUAUUCCUGUUCGUCACCAGUUGUGGGAAGGCUGGCCUCCUUCUGCCACAGAUGACUCAAUGACUCUAGCUGUUUCCGGAGUGUCUUUUCCUUGCCAUCGACUUACAGUUGGAAGAAGAUCUUCACCUGUACAGACAAGGGAACAGUCAGAGGAGCAAUGCACUGAUGUUCAUAUGGUCAGUGACAGUGAUGGAGAUGACUUUGAAGAUGCUACAGAGUUUGGAGUUGAUGAUGGAGAAAUGUUUGGAGUAGCAUCAUCUGCCUUGAGGAAAUCGCCAAUGAUGCCAGAAAAUGCUGAAAAUGAAGGAGAUGCCUUAUUACAAUUUACAGCAGAAUUUUCUUCAAGAUACGGGGACUGUCAUCCUGUUUAUUUCAUUGGAUCAUUAGAGGCUGCUUUUCAAGAAGCCUUCUAUGGGAAGGCUAGAGAUAGAAAGCUCCUGGCUAUCUACCUCCACCACGACGACAGCGUCCUGACCAACGUGUUCUGCUCCCAGAUGCUCUGCGCCGAGUCCAUCGUCUCCUACCUGAGCCAGAACUUCAUCACCUGGGCGUGGGACAUGACAAAAGAAGCCAACAGAGCAAGGUUUCUGACCAUGUGCACUAGACACUUCGGGAGCGUUGUUGCCCAAACGAUUCGAACUCAGAAGACAGAUCAGUUUCCUCUUUUUCUCAUUAUUAUGGGAAAACGAUCAUCUAACGAAGUGUUGAAUGUAAUACAAGGUAACACGACGGUGGAUGAGCUGAUGAUGAGGCUGAUGGCAGCGAUGGAGAUCUUCAGUGCCCAACAGCAGGAAGACAUAAAGGAUGAGGAUGAACGUGAAGCCAGAGAAAAUGUGAAAAGAGAGCAAGAUGAAGCAUACCGCAUAUCACUUGAAGCUGAUAGAGCCAAGAGGGAAGCACAAGAGAGAGAAAUAGCAGAACAGUUUCGUCUGGAACAGAUUCGGAAAGAACAGGAGGAAGAACGUGAGGCUAUCAGGCUGUCUCUUGAGCAGUCCCUGCCUCCGGAGCCCAAGGAGGAGAGCACCGAGUCGGUGAGCAAGCUGCGCAUCCGGACGCCCAGCGGAGAGUUCUUUGAGCGACGCUUCCUGGCCAGCAGCAAGCUGCAGGUUGUCUUUGAUUUUGUAGCUUCCAAGGGAUAUCCUUGGGAGGAGUACAAGCUGCUGGGUACCUUCCCUAGGAGAGAUGUGACCCAGCUGGAUCCAAAUAAAUCAUUACUGGAGGUAAAACUGUAUCCUCAAGAAACCCUUUUCCUAGAGGCAAAAGAAUAGAUGAAACAAGAUUGUAGGACUAAUCCCCUUUGACAAACCAGAGGCACGGGACUGGGAGGAAGGCUUCUUUCAAAACCACCCUGUACUAUCGUCUAACUCAAUUCAGUGUCACAACUUGGCCUCUUGCAAGAAUCCUGAAAAACUGAAAAAAAAAAAACAUAGCUACGUAAAGUUUCACAUCCAUGAGUGUAUGUUUCCAACCUCGUUUAAAUGAGCAGAGGAUAAAAUUCUGCUAUGAACACUGAACAUUAUGACUCUGUUGCUCACUUACCAUCCAGCUUUUGUUAUAAUUAAUGCACUGUUAAAACGUGAGUGAUUGUUAAGUAGAAUUUUUACUCCUCAAAUGCCCCCUUUUGCACCAAGAAAUCUUGGACAUUUCUGCCUGUACUUUUGACACUAGGAUGCUGUAUAUUUGAUAUCUCGCUGAGCCAGUGCUCUCCUAUAUAUGCAUUUUAUUUCUGUGCUUGAAUUUCUACUCACCUAAUUUAAAAAGGCAGAAAAAAUUAACAGGACAUUCUCAGCCAUGGAAAUUUAACAGUAUUAUAGUAGAAAGCAUAUACUUUUUGUUAGUACUUUCUGACUUCUUCGAUAAGAUGUAAGGUUUUGUUUGAAGAAUAUAGUUUGACAUAUAUGCAAGAUAUUUAUUUACUGGUUCUGCAUUGGGUCUCAGUUCUGAUUCAGUUUAGGAAGUAUUUUCCAUUACAUUGCAGUAUGUGAAACUGCUUAUUGCAUGAUGUGAAUAUUUAAAUAACAUUACAAAUGGCCAGUACCAGAAACCUGGUAUCUUGCCAAUACUUCAGGAAUCAGCUGAUAUUGAAUAUCAGCUGUUAAAAACCUUUCAAGCACCAGAUACAAAAGUUCUUUAUUUCUCAUUGUGGAAGAAAUGGCUGUUCCCAUUUUAGCAUUUCUUCCUUCAUUCUGACACUCGUUUGUAUCCUAUUACUCUGCUGUUUCAAAGCACCUUGUUUGUUUCAUCAAACAAUGAGCAUCUGAAGAGAUGGUGUAAUAAGAAAUCUGCCUUAUUAUUGCACACUUUGGACCUUUUACAACAGAUUACUGAACCCGUCUCAAAUUAAAGAAAUCCUAGUUCUGUUGUCUGAAAUGUAUGCACCAGCGACAUGCUAUCUGAUGUGGAAAAACCUGGUACUUAAAGUAGCUUAAUGAUAGAAAGAGCAUGCUGAAUCGAAGGCCAUAAAGUACACUUGAUGCCAAGCCUGCAUCAAAGCAACUUCGGGUUUUUUGUUUUUGUUAUUUUUUAUCCUCUGGGCUUGCUGUAUAGUGCACAGUAGCACUACAGAAUCGUCAUCUGCUAAUCAAACUUUUCGUUGUAAAGCCUGGCACGUUGUUUUCCACAUAUGUUUAUAUGUAAUUCAUAGUGUUUAUUGUAGCAAAAUGAAUUUGCAUUUGAAAAUUUUAUACUAAGCAAAAACCAACUGCACACAUCUUUUAGUCUUUUUUUUCCCCCUCAGAAGGGCAUUGAUAUAAAAUUAAAUGUAUGCCUAUUAUUAGGGUGUUAGUGAAGCAGAUAUAUUGUUACCUUUACCAAAAAAGCAAAUUUCUGAGUGGGGAAAGCCUUAUUCUACCUUUUGUAAUUCUGUAAUUAGUGAAUGCUACAUCAAACACUUUUAGAAGUGAUGUAUCUAUGAUAAACAAAAGGUUUUGAAGUGUAAACAAAUCCUAAUCAUUUGCAGUUCACAAAAAAAAGAAUUAAUAGCCAAUAGGAAGGUAAAUGUACUUGUAAUGGAAAGCUGAAUGCAGAUACUUCAUUCUCAACUUUUGUAUUCUUGCAGAAUAAAUCCACUGUUUAUUAAAUCAGAAAUUAACAUAGGCUGCAAAUUGGGGUGACACUGGUUCUACAAGCAAUCACAGUAACACAUACAGCAGGAUUUUCAAGUGAUGCGUAUCCUUUUUUUCCUUUUUCCAGAUUAGCUCUUCCUUUUAAGCUGGCUAUUGAGGAAAUGAGUUGCUGAACUAUUGCUACACAUAGCAAAGCGACCUUUCAGCUAACUUUUUUUUAUAUUUAAUCUGUUCUGUUUAACUUUUGUUUGAUCUCAUCAGGCUGUUUUCUCUUCUGUAUUUUGACUAUAUAUUCUUUACUUUGAUACUAGUUUCAUAAAGUUAUUAAAUGUGGCUUGAGUAUUUGUUGAAGCUGUUGAAGUCAGUGCUCCCAGGAUUUGUUUGGCCCUUUUUUUUUUCCCCUAACCUUUGUGUUUGUUUCUUUUCCCCAUUUUUGUUCAUAUCGCAAAAUACGCUGUCAAUAUCAAAAUGUUCUGGUGAUAAUUAACUGGAAGUGUUUGAAGUGGUGGAACUACUGCCCUCUGAUAUAAAGAUACUAAGAUCAGUAUAUAAUGAUCUUUCUGCCACAACGUAAGUGUAUCCAGUCUAUUUAAAUAAAAAUAUUCAUGAC